UUGACAGUUUCGGUUGAGAUCGUUAGUUCUCGCGAGAGCCGAUCGCACGUUGUUGUUGCAAAGGAUAGCCGAGCUAGCAGUCAGCCAAGCUAUCUGGAUUCCUGCAGUCCUUUCCAUUUUUUGGACUGCAAUGGAUGCCCUCGGAGCUGUAGACGAGGCGGAGAGGCCACGGCACAGUCCUUUCCUAAUAGGGGUCAGCGGAGGAACCGCCAGCGGCAAGUCAACAGUUUGCGCCAAGAUAAUGGAGCUCCUGGGCCAGAACAAGGUGGACCACCGCCAGAGGAAGGUGGCUAUUAUAAGCCAGGACAGCUUCUACAAGGUCCUGACUCCAGACCAAAAGGCAAAAGCACUGAAGGGCCAGUACAACUUUGAUCACCCAGAGGCAUUCGACAAUGAGUUAAUGUACAAAACCUUAAAGGACAUUGUGGAGGGAAGGGUGGUUGAAGUGCCAACAUACGACUUUGUCACUCAUUCCAGGUUAGAAGACAGGAUCACAGUUUACCCAGCAGAUGUUGUCCUCUUUGAGGGGAUCCUGGUCUUCUACCCCCAGAAAGUGCGGGAUAUGUUUCACAUGAAGCUCUUUGUGGACACAGAUUCAGACGUCAGACUGUCACGCAGAGUUCUGCGAGACAUGAACAGAGGGAGAGACCUGGAGCAGAUUCUAACUCAGUACACAACAUUUGUCAAGCCUGCUUUUGAAGAGUUUUGUUUGCCUACAAAGAAGUAUGCAGAUGUCAUCAUUCCAAGGGGAGUUGACAACAUGGUGGCCAUUAACCUCAUCGUUCAGCACAUCCAGGACAUACUGAACGGUGACAUCUGCAAAUGGCAGCGUGGGUCCUUGAACGGGCGGACUUUAAAACGGGCCAUCUCAGAGCAGAGUGACCUGCAGAACGGAGCCGCUAAUCCAUCAGGGAAGAGGGUCCUGCUGGAGCCCAGUUGUCGGCCUCACUAAGACUGUGAGGAUGCACAGGUGGAUGGAUGCAUCCGGACUGUAUAAUAUGAGUUUUGAGCCGGGAUUGCUGCUACUGAUUUUUGCUGGAUGGGUCAGCAACCGCGAUGCCACUCUCACCCUCUGCAGCAUUUAAAAAAAAAAGAUUAUCCACGGUCCUGCAGUGCAAGAAUUCAAUGCUGCAGCCUCUCUGUCAUUUUCUAGAAACUAUUGGUGCAUAACCAAUAUGCUAAUAGAUUACGCUUUUCAUGUGUAAUAGUCUUCCAUUGUACGGUUGGAUUUUUCAGUGUUGACUGUGGUAAGGUGACCUAUUACUGAUGUGGAAGGCAAUACAGUUGAGAGUAGGAAGCGUUAUUUAAAUGUUUAAUCACAGUCAAGCUUUUGCACUUUGACCUUAUAUUUAUACUUGCUUCUUUGUUGCUUUAAUGGAGAUUACUAUAUUUAAAUUUUAUGAAUACUCAUUGGUUGUUGUCUUGUUGCUUUCCUUGUUUAUUUUAACUUAUUUAAAUCAAAUCUGGCCUGGUGGCUGUGUGGUUUUAGUAGUGUCACACCUAAAUUAGUUUUGAGUGCUUCCUUUUUAAUUAUUUACAGUUGAAUACAUGCCUUAAAUUUUUUUUAAAGUCAUUUUCCACUGACCAUUCUGUACAACAAUAAAUGGAAAUUCUAU